AUGGCGUCACAACCGCCGGCUGCCAAGCCGAUGAGCUGGGCAGAUCGUGCAAAGCAGUCACGUCCUGCCACUUCUAUCGGAACACCGAGCCAGGCAACCGCUGCAAUAGCGCCAGUGCCCGCGAGGAUGCCCGCAGCGCCGGCAGCUCUCACAAACGGCACAGCAGAUGCCGAAUCGCCCUUGACAUCCUCCAACACAAGUCCCACACCGUCAUCGUCAGUAGCCCCGAGCACGGUGGCAUCUGUCGCGGGCAGCUCAACCGUGACUCACAGAUCGAGCGACACUAGCAUAACGCCGACUGCUACCACCCAGUCCAGCGCAUCCAUUACCGGUGACGACUCGGAUCCGAAAGAGAAUCCAGAGGCGAGCAGUACGCAGGUCGUUGAUGAACCAGGCUCGGCAGAACAGCCUGCAAAGCCCUCUCCUGCAAAGCCGGUCAAUGUAUGGGCACUACGGUCAGAGCAACGAGCUUCCGCACUGGCUGCUCCUCAAUCAUCCAUUGCUCCAUCUACGCCUUUGCCUGCCCCCAUCGCAAGCGGCAGUGGCACCGCUUCAGAUCAGCCAAAGCCCUCGAGGAGAGCACAGUCGCUAUCUAGAUCGUCAAUAGAGACCAGCUUGAGCUCCGCUGCGGCUUCCUUGAAUCUACAAGACGAGCAAACAUGGCCCGAUGCAGCUCGUGCGAGUAGUAUCGACCGAUCUCGUAAGCCUAGACAGCAACAACAGCAGUUCGCUCCGCCGGUCUCGCCAGAAGGUGAACGCAAGAAGCAGAGAUGGGUCGCGAUACCAGCUGACGUGACCAUCAAUGCUCCGCUGCCCACUCGACACACGAACGCAGGUUACGAUCGUAAGCCGAGGCCCCCUAGCAAGCCAUCCCGGACAGGAAGCAGUGAAGCCGUGCAAGCGAGACGAAACGGCGACCCAAGCAGAAUAAAUGGCGCGAGUGCUGCCAAUGGUGCGACAGGCGGCGCAUCGUCACCUUCGCUCUCGAGCGAGAUGCUCAAGACUAGCUCGUCCAGCAGCACCCGAUCCCGCAAUACGGAGAAUAACCCUAUCGCAAUCAGCACAACGAUUCCUCCCGAGGUUCUGAACGAGUCGCUGAUCAGUAAGCUACCUGCCAAACCAGCGACCGAGCUCAGUUCGCCGCCGCCUCGCGCGGAUCCGCAAUUCGAGGGCGCGCUCAAUAACAGGCAGAGACCACGUGCACCUUUGCAACACAGAGGUCGUGCAGGUUUAGGCUACAACGGCAAUAUGAACAAUAGAGCUUAUCCUGCCAUGUCAUCGCCCGUCUCACCGGGCAUGAUGAGCAUGAUGCAACAGCAAAAUCCGUACGGUUAUGACGUCCACAAUGGCUUCUAUGCUCAGCAGCAACAAUAUCAAUAUCAGCAACAGCCCAUGCAAUUCUUUCCACCCCAGCAGCUGCCUCAACAGUCUGGCGCGCCCGUCUACGGCAUGCAGCCAUACGAUAGGCCUUCGCCCUUGCAAUUCUACAAUCCGCCGCUCGAUCCAACGCGACAUUGGGUGCUCGGUCAGAUCGAGUACUACUUUGAUGUGCAAAAUCUUGUGAAGGAUACCUUUCUCCGGAAGCAGAUGAAUCAAGAAGGCUGGGUUGACAUCGCUCUUGUGGCCUCAUUCAAUCGCGUCAAACAGCUCACGACCGAUCUCGACCUCAUAAAAGACACCAUGCUACUCAGUCCGCUUCUGGAAGUCGAUCAGGAACGCAAUCGCGUGCGUAAACUGGGCGACUGGCACGUCUGGGUCCUGCCGCAGCAAUGA